AUGACAACAAUGAUAUGCAACUCCACGAAGCUCUACAAUAAGGAAACUCUUUCCAGUUAUAUAGAUCUUCGUAUUAUACAUUUGAUUGCCCUCUAUCGUCCUAUUAAGUAUGUGAAUCUACUUGCUUUUCCACGUGGUCCAAGCUCGUAUGGACAGAUCAGCUGUUAUUUCGUAACAGGUACUAGACUUACAGUGGAGAAAUCAUAUGAGGAUGAACUGGCCAAUGUGAAAGAAAAGAAUCGAUCACUCAGAGAAAAAGCACAAAAGCUCAAGGAGGAAAUGAAACAAUACAUCCCUCCGGGACGAGUCCUCAUCCCUCCAGACCGAAUCUCCUAA